AUGGCAAACAGACUCGGCAUAUUCCCCGCCUCUGGAGGCCUUGGAGGCAGCACCCUUGGACACCUUCUUGAGCAAGUCCCAUCCAAUGAAGUGGUGCUCAUCGCUCGCAGCCCCGAGAAACUCAGCAAAGAGAAAGCUGCUGGAGCGAUUAUCCGCCAGGCCGACUACGACAACGCCCAGACACUUGACCACUCGUUUGAUGGAAUUUCGUCUCUGAACUUGAUUUCCUAUGCUAGUAUUCAAAAUGAGUAUCGAUUCAAGGUCCACAAAGCCGCGAUCGAUGCGGCGCGAAAGAGUGGCGUGAAGCAUAUAUUCUACUCGUCUCUUGCGUUUGCUGGGGAUGGAAAUCCCGAGUCUAAGGCCCAAGUGAUGCUUGCCCAUCUUGCCACGGAGAAGUAUUUAGCCCAGCUACACGACCAGGACCCGCAGUUCACCUACACCGUCGUUCGGCAAGGGGUGUAUUCUGAGUCCUUCCCGGUCUAUACCGCCUUCUUUGAUCUCAAAGCUCCUUCGGACGAAAUAUGUAUCCCCCACGAUGGCUCGGGUCCUGGCAUUGCUUGGGCUAAGCAAGACGAGUUAGGGGAAGCAACCGCAAACCUGAUUGCACAACACGCCAAAGAUCCUGCUGCUUUCCCUUACUUAAACAAAAUCGUCGUUCUCUCGGGCCCUCGUGCUUUGUCUCUCAACGAGACAGUGGAUGUGUUCGGCCGUGUGCUCAACAAAUCUAUCAAGAUUCGCCAGGUAGAUGUGGACGAGUACGCCAAACAGCCACAGGUCCAAGCUAGCCUCGCAUAUGGUGGUGGCGACUGGGCGCCUCUCUGGGCGACUGCUUUUGAUGCGAUCCGCGAUGGCGAAUGUGCAGCAGUUACCCCAAAUCUGGCUCAGAUGCUUGGCCGCGAACCUGAGCAGUUUGAAACAACUAUCAGGAAUAUGCUUUCGACUUAA